GAAAACAAAAAGGAAACCUUUGCACAAACCUCCUUCCACAUCACCAAGAUCUCUGAGCUCAUUCUGCUGUGGGGGCCCUCCUCCUCCUCCUCAGAAGGAUAAAGACUGUUUAGUCCCUGUCCCCAGCUGUGGCCAAAGGAGGCAGCAUAUAUUUAUCAGGAGUCACCUUACUACUCCAAGCCCAAAAAAGUGACUUCCUGGCGAUCUCUGAAGACAGCAGGGAGCAUGCCUCUGAGUAGCAGAAUGUCCUUGACCCCACAGAAGCUAUGGCUGGGAACCUCGAAACAGGGCAGUGUGACCCAACCCCUGAGCUCCCCGCUUACCUCGGAGCACACGUGGACCCACCCCCCCAGCUGCACUCCCGGCUACCUGACAGAAGCUGUGAGAGUGAAGAGGGCAGACCUCAGGCGUUCCAGCAGCCAUGGUCACGUCUCUGGGACUUCUGUCUACAGAGAGAAAGAGGACAUGUACGAUGAGAUCAUCGAGUUGAAGAAGUCCUUACACAUGCAGAAAAGUGAUGUAGAUCUGAUGAGAACAAAGCUUCGGCGCUUGGAAGAGGAGAACAGCAGAAAGGAUCGGCAGAUAGAACAGCUUCUGGAUCCAGGUCGAGGCCCAGACUUCGUGCGAACCUUGGCAGAGAAGAAGCCUGACACUGGCUGGGUCAUCACUGGGCUCAAGCAGAGGAUCUUCAGGCUGGAGCAGCAGUGCAAGGAGAAGGACAGCACUAUCAACAAACUGCAGACGGACAUGAAGACCACCAACCUGGAAGAGAUGCGCAUCGCCAUGGAAACAUACUAUGAAGAGAUCCAUCGUCUGCAGACCCUCCUGGCAAGUUCAGAAGCCACAGGAAAGAAGCCCAUACUGGAGAAGAAGAUGGGUGUGAAGAGGCAGAAGAAGAUGAGUAGCGCCCUGCUGAACUUAACCAGGAGCGUGCAGGAGCUGACAGAGGAGAACCAGAGUCUGAAGGAGGACCUGGACCGCAUGCUGAGCAAUUCCCCCACGGUCUCCAAAAUAAAGGGUUACGUGGACUGGAGCAAGCCCCGGCUGCUGAGACGAAUUGCAGAGCUAGAAAAGAAAGUGAGUUCCUCAGAAAGCCCGAAGAACUCUGCUUCAGAGCUGGUCAAGCCAAAUCCCGUGGUCCCCUCCCCAUCCAACAUCUCAGUGCAAAAGCAGCUGAAAGGGGACCAGUCCAAAGAGGACCAGCCCAAAGUGGAUCCAUCUGAGGACCAAGAGCAUCUCCAGGGAACCGUGAGGAGCCUGAGGGAGGAGCUGAGCGCGCUGCAGGAGCAGCUGCUGGGGAAGGACCUGGAGAUGAAGCAGAUGCUACAGACCAAGAUCGACCUGGAGAAGGAGCUGCAGACGGCCAGGGAAGGCGAGAAGGAGAGCCAGGAGCGGGAGCAGGCUUUGAGGGAGGAAGUUGAAGCACUUACCAAAAAGUGUCAAGAACUGGAAGAAGCUAAGAGACAAGAGACACAGGAGAGACAAGACUCCUUCAUAGCAAUGACUCAUGAGGCUCACCCAGAGGUCCACGCACCCUCACCCGGCAGCAGGCACUCCGAGUCAGACUCCGACAACAAUGCUGACAACAAUGCUGGUGAGGAUGGUGGCCCCCAACCCCCUGCCCUGUGCUCGGAGGAGAGGAGAGAGGCUGCAAUCAGGACCCUGCAGGCCCAGUGGAAAGCCCACAGGUGCAAGAAAAGAAAAGCAGCUUUGGAUGAGGCAGCGACUGUGCUCCAGGCGGCCUUCAGGGGACACCUAGCUCGUUCGAAGCUUGUGCGCAACAAAGCCCCAGACUCCAGGUCUCCCAGCCUGCCGGGCCUUCCCAGCCCUCUUAACCAGAGCUCUCCUUCACCCCCUGUCCCAAGCCCGAUCUCCCCGGCUGAAGACAGCCUAACACAAGAGGAGUCCAUCAUUGCCAUCCAGUCCAUCCUCCGUGGAUACCUGGCCCAGGCCAGGGUCAUUGCCAACUGCUGCCAAGAGAAAACCGUGCCCUCUCAGAGGGAAGCAGUUUCAGUGACAUCUUCAGAAUCUGCCUCCCCACCCUCCCUCGAAGCUUCUCCUGAAUGGUGUUCAUCAGGAAAGGACAGCGAGGAGAGCGGUGGGGAGGUUGCUGAGGACGAAGAUGAGGCAGAGGAGCCGCCAGACCCCCAGCCCUACUCAGGAGCACUAAGCAUGGGGCUCCAUGCCGAGGAGGAGCUGAGGGAGAUCGCUGCAUCUGAACCUGCCCCCUCGGUCCCUGACUCCGCCCGAGGUGGCCAGGGGGACUGCCCGUCCUCAUCCAGUCUGGAGGCUGUGCCCUGUGGGAAGGAUGCGAUGUGUGAGGAAAGGAGCAGCAGCACCGGAAGUGCAAGGCCAUCCCUGGCUGAGCCCUCUCCCCCAGGACUGCAGCCCUUGUCACCGCCACCUGUGGAGGACAUCUGCUCAGAUGACUCAGAUGACAUUAUCUUUUCACCAUUUCUGCCCAGGAAGAAAAGCCCCUCCCCAUUCUAGGACCCCAGUCGUUGCCUCCAGGUGAGGUGGCCGUGGGGACAAGUUAGAGGACUCUGAAUUUGAGAAGAUGACUAUCUCGCUAGGGAAAGAGCCCUGCCUCAGGAACACCUCAGCCAUCGAUUUUCUCACGUGUCAUGCCUGUGCCUUUGAGGGACCCUGGUGGCUCUGUGUUCUCUGGGGACAGAGGGAAGGAGGGAGGGGGGUCCACCUCCCACUUCCGUUUCUAGUUUCAGCCCAUGUGUUUCCAGUGCCCACAGAUAACGUUCACCCCAAGUCAGGGCAGCAGGGAGUCCUGCAAAGACAGGAACUUUUGCAAAGUCUACUACUUGCCCUUAACCUCGGCACUGCCAGCUGCCAUGUAGGCCUAGCCCUCCUGGUCCACUGCUGCCUGGUGCCUUAACAGGUGCUACAGCUAAGUCUUCCGUGCCCACAUGGAAUGCAGUCAUACAAGAGCCAGCAAGAAGCUGUGGACAUCAGGGUCCCCAACUGAGUCCCUGUCCCAUGGGCUCCUUGUUCCUCCUGUUCUUAUCCCCCACCAUCUCCACAUACCCCACCUCCCCCCCAGGAGGAUGAACUCUGGGAAGAGUCCCAAGCAGCAUCGACACAGAGUGAGUGGCACGGCUGCUAUGGUAAAGCAGCCAGAGGAUGGCUUAGGUCACCCAGACCCAAGGCAGAGAGCAGGGCCAGGAGGCAGCCCGUUGUUGUCCCAGAGGACAUAGGUCUCAGGGAAGGACAAAUUCCAGUACGGCCCUGUCAGUGGGUGUGCAGAGGUGCCUGUAGGCCACCGGUGCCAUCUGGCCCAUUCAGCAUUCAGCAUCCAGCAGCUUGAGGUGUUGGUCCCUUGUCUGUGAAAUUAGCUCCUGUCAGUGGGUGAGGAUGAGGAACUUUGGGCUUGCACAGGGUUUUAGGAGUAUCUAAGAUCCGUGUAGCUUAGGCCUGCUGCCCAGGUGUCCCCUCUAGAGUGCCUGUCGGACUGGCUGCUGGGGGUCUCCACAGGUCACUGGAGAUGGAACUUCCUGGUCCCAUAGACUAACUGGCUUUUGUCUCAGGAAAACCUAAUGUUAUAAGGUUCCUUCUUGGAUGAGGCCAGUGGAGACACCCAAGAGGUUUUGCUUUUAGGGACCAUUUAAUUCCUGGCAUCUUCCUCACAAAACACCUGAGCAUGGGACACUCAGGAAUGAGCUGGGCUUGGCGGUCAGAGUCCAGGAAGAGGGCCCCAUGCUUUGUCUACUGGACAGACCUGCUCCUGGAAGGUUUAAGUUCCCCUAAUACUGUGAUGGGACCAGGCACAACUGCCUACUCAUUUUUCUCCACCAGGGGGCAAAAAAACCCAACUCAGCCAGACCUGGCCAUCUCAUUUGGCCUGCAGGCUGCCUGCCAAGUUAGUUUCUCAGUGAAAUGAUGGUAACUUUUCUCACAUGGAAGCCGGCUGGAGCGCUCUGUAGAUCUGCUUCCUUGUCAGAACUUGGCUAUGUUCCCUGUGAUUGAUGCCACCUCUUGAAGCUCCAUAUCCCACCCACCAAGGCACAAAACGGUGGCUACAGGUGGUCCUCAAGUGCCUGUACCUUCCCCGGAGCUGGGAAGGGGAGGGUCCACAUACCACUGCUCUGUCCCUCCCUUCUUCAACGGCAGCCAUUUGUGUAUUGAGUGUUCUGAGUGAGUGAGCAGCCACGAGUCUGGGGUGGGGCGACUUCGCCUUCACCUGAGGGGGGUGCCUCACCUCAGGAAAAGGGGCUAUGCAAGAUGGCACCCCAGCUGCAGGGCAGGGUCUGUAUAUCUUGGGGCCAGUCUGUACAGCCCAAAGGUCUGGUCAGCCGCUGUACUUGGGUUUUCUAAGAACAUGCCUCUGAACUACAGGAAAGCUGUAACCCUCCCGGCCUUUGGUAUAGCAGCUAAUCUAUUAAAGGCAAACCCUAUCUUGAAGCUGCCCCAUUAAAUGGGUGCCUGAGCC